AUGAGGGCCUGGUUAUCGCUGGAAGCGCUUUGCGCACUGGCGCUGGCAGACUUGGGUGCAGCGCGCACCUACCACACAUACCUGGAUCUGUCAAGACGCCCUGGCUUGAGACGGACGGUUGCGCGCCCAGAUGGCACGCUUCUCAAGCUGGCACUGGUGGACAACUGCACCAGCGUAAGGGCAGUGGCGAUGGACAUGGACGAGACGCUGAUCGGCGAAGUAGACGUUUCGGAUGCAGAUACGCAAGCCCGACUGCUCACCACGGAGUUGGAAGUACACGGGCUGACAACCUGGCGCUUCCCAGAUGAGGACGCUCUAGCCCGGUGGCAAGGUCCCUGGAAGCGGGGCGUCCAUGUUGACGCCUGUGCACAGCCGGAGGACACCCAUCUAACGCAAGCCUUCGAGAGCCUCUUCAGCAAGCUGCUGCCUGCUGCGCGGUCCAGACAGAGGCUUCUACAAGUUGGGGAUCUGCGCGACUCGAAUGAGGAGGAUCCUGCGAGGCUUCUUGUGCAGCGGCACGGUCUGCAAGGAAUGGUAGCAGCCGGCAGCAGACCAUCUGAAUCUCCAGAGACCUGGCGCCAGGGGCCGCCACGAAGCGCAAUCGACUUUUCCCUGGAGGGCGGAACUGAGCUUGCCCAGCAGCUUGGCGAGUGGGCGCAGGUGGACGUGCUGCGCAUGGACCAGGGCUUGCCAGGUUCCUGCAUGCUGUUGAGAGGUUUGCUCAGCGGCGGCCUCUCCGCUCGCAUGAUUCUCAGCUUCACCAACAGCCAAUUCCCACCUCCGCUGCGCUACGUGGGCAUCGCCGAGGAGCUUCCUGAGUCGCUGCAAGGCUGUUCCCUGAGCUACCUGCAAGAUACUCUCAAGAGAGAGGGGUUUCGACUCCAACUGCUAUCGGGGCCAUACGCAGCCUUCGUGCACGACGACCUGCUGGCGAACGCUGAAGGGCUUGCCCCUGAUGUCGAUGAGUUUGAAUGCUAUCGAUCCAGCCGCAUUUGGGGCUUUGAACCUGAUUUUCCAAUAGACGUGGUGCGAGACUGGUUCUUCGGCAUUGCAAGCUCGCGUGCUGCGUCACAGGAGGUUCUCAGCCGCAGUUUCGGGAAUGUGUCUCAACUGGUUGGCCACCUGCCGAUGGAGAGGAAGCCUGGAUACCUUCUGUAUCUCUAG